UAUAUUCCUGAGUAUCUGCAACUUGAUACUCAGCGAAACCUUCGAAAGACCAUGACAAGAGAUCUUUCGGAAAGGUCCAAAAUACCAGGCUAUGUAUAUGCGCUGAACGUGUUCGACCCCGAGAACGAGGAGAAGCUCUCAUUGAAGAUUGGGUACAGCAAAGAUGUCAAGAAACGCUACGCAGAGUGGAAGAACAAGUGUCGUUCUUCCAUAAAAGAUGUUCGCGGGUGGUGGCCUCAGACCAUAAUCGAAGCUAAAGAUGAUGACGAGUUGGCGAUACAGAAGCUCAUUAGAAAUAAUCGCCAGGGCGACAAGGGUCCGAUGGCUGAACAACUCGAACGAUUGGUGCAUAUCGAGCUCAAGGAUCUGGCAACACAUGCUGCUUAUCUGCAUCCCAAUUUUCCUGACGUCCACUGUUCGGAUAUCCCACGUCAGCCAAAGGUUGAUCUUAAACCCUGCCGUGACUGUAAUGGGACCAAACACAGGGAAGUGUUCUCAUUCACGCGCGUCAAGGAAGGUGAAUUCUUUGGGAGGGAAUGGGAAGAUAUCGUUAAACCUGUGAUAAGGAAGUGGGGAUUGUUCCUCAAGACAUAUUUUGCUCAAGGUGGUGCAUGA